AGAAAGGGGCCCAAGGCUCGCGGCACGCCGAGAGCAGCGCGCGCGACGUCGUCCUCGCGCGGACGGGGUUUUUUUUUUUUUCUUGUUUUUGGUGCGCCGUCCUUGCUGUCUUGCGAACCCCGCGGCGGUCAUGCUUUGCCGCUUGGCUGUCGCGGCCGGCCGCAGAAAUAACACUGCGCUGAUUACAUCUCUUGGUUGUCUGGCCUCCAGAAAAAAGCACACACUCCCUGACUUGCCCUAUGAUUAUGGUGCUUUGCAACCACAUAUUAGUGCAGAAAUUAUGCAGCUUCACCACAGCAAACAUCAUGCUGCAUAUGUAAAUAAUCUGAAUAUUGCUGAAGAAAAAUACAAAGAGGCUUUGGCAAAAGGGGAUGUAACAGCUCAGGUGUCUCUUCAACCAGCUUUGAAGUUCAAUGGGGGAGGUCACAUUAAUCAUAGCAUCUUUUGGACAAAUCUGUCUCCUAAAGGUGGAGGAGAGCCAAAAGGAGAGCUUUUGGAAGCCAUCAAACGUGAUUUUGGCUCAUUUGCAAGUUUUAAGGAGAAACUCACAGCUGUUUCAGUUGGUGUCCAAGGCUCAGGUUGGGGAUGGCUCGGUUUUAAUAAAGAAUCUAAUAGACUCCAGAUUGCUGCCUGUUCCAAUCAGGACCCUCUCCAGGGAACCACAGGACUGACUCCUCUGUUGGGAAUUGAUGUAUGGGAACAUGCGUAUUAUCUUCAAUAUAAAAACGUUAGACCUGACUAUCUCAAAGCUAUCUGGAAUGUGAUCAACUGGGAAAAUGUAUCUUCAAGAUAUACAGCUUGCAAAUAAUAGAACAGAAAAUCUUAUAGAAACAAGACCUAAGGGUUCCUCAGAUUAUUUUCAUAAUAUGUAGCAGUUCAAUUGCUAAUUGUUCCAUCACUGAAAAUAUCACAUCACCAGAAAGUCCUCUCUAUCAAGCUAAUUUGUACCUAAUUGUGGUAAAAUUGUAGGUUCUGAAAGUGCUAAUUGUCUCCUUUAAAAAACGGGUUAUCUAAUUUUCUGAAAGAAUAUAAAUUUCUAAAACUUAAAAAUGGAUUACAAAUGAAAUUCUUUUUAGUAAUGUGAAUUUGAAUGCUUUUAAAUAAUUUCUUGCAAAUUGAGGAAGAGUCCAGGAAAUAAAAUUUAGAGAACAUUUAAUAAAUGAGAUUUCUUCAAAAGUUAUGUAUCAAGAGCUUCAUGGUACUUAAAUAAGUUAUACUGUUAUACUCACGUUAACGAUAAAAAUUUGGCAUGUUCAUUAUAAAGAUUCAAAAUCUGUGUCAGUUGGUAAAUAUAUAAAGUUAGUUUGUGAAAUUUGAGCUUCUGAAAGGGGGAAAAAAUCAGUGAUAAAUAUAGUAUACCAAGUAUAUAAGAUAAAUUGAUUGGAUUAAAAGUGUAAUUUGCACUUUGGGUCUUUGAGUGAAAUAUAUCCAUUUAUUGCUAUGUCUACUAUAUAUCUCACUAUUGUAUAUGACGCUCCAAAAAUAAAAGUGCAAAAUGACUCUUAAGUCAUUAAAUAAA